AUGGAAGGCCUUGGGUGCGGAGAGACCUACAAUCCCUCCACUGGGCAGCUUUGGGCUCACAUGGGCCCUUCGCAAAUCCGCUUCCACGAGGGGAAUGCCACCACGUGGCCCGGAGAGCCACUUGCCGUGGAAGUUCUGAUUCCCAGGAUUCCCUCCGGGUCCCAGCAUGUUGCAGAUCCACGCUACGAGGAUAUGCUCAACAUGCUGGGUCGUACGCUGGACACCAAAAUCGUGGAGGAAAUGCGCGAAGCUCGCACCGGUGGAGAGUACGCGGCGCUCUUGCACGAUGCGGCCAGAAAGAACAAAGUGGAAGCCAGUGAGGCUCCCAGCGGCUGGGGCCCCGCCAUUCGGCGCAUCGCCAGCGGGCCCCCAUGCAAGAAUGCCUUGGCGCUGUCGGAUGCCAUCAUUCACCUCCCCAAGCGAACGCAGGUCCAAGGUGUAGCACGUUUCUACGAGCACUACAUUGGCUCAGCCAUCACCAAGAAAUAUGCGGUGUACGAGGCACAGGCUUUGAUGGAUAUUUGCAUGGUUCACUUUGGCCCUGGUGCCAAGUUGCAUCAGACCUUGACCUACAAGGCGGACUUGAGAUACACGGUGCCCAGUAAUCUGGCUUCUGUGUGCAUCUAUGUCGUUGACCACGUGCAGUUCCACCUAGUUUUUGCAUCUUGUUGUGACAGUGGAGGCUGUGGUUGGAUCCAAUCUCUGAUUGGGAAACCGUGA